CGUCACUUGUUUCGAGCCAACGUCGACACUUCCUGCUUGCCUGGUUUUUACUUGCUGUAGAUUUUAAUAACAUCAAGAUGAGUGAAGAAAUUGAUAAACACGUUCUCAGAAAGUACGAAAUUGGACCAAAGUUAGGUAAAGGAGCCUACGGUAUUGUGUGGAAGGCUGUUGAUAAAAAGACUAGACAAACUGUUGCUUUGAAGAAAAUCUUUGAUGCUUUCCAAAAUGCUACCGAUGCCCAACGUACCUAUCGUGAAAUCAUGCUUCUUCAAAAUUUGCACCAUGACAAUAUUGUCCGUUUGUUGAACGUACUCAAAGCUGAUAAUGACAAUGACAUUUACUUGAUUUUCGAAUUUAUGGAUACUGACUUGCAUGCUGUUAUUAGAGCCAAUAUUUUGGAAGAAAUUCACAAACAAUACAACAUUUAUCAAUUGUUGAAGACAUUGAAAUAUAUCCAUAGUGCCAAUUUGCUCCACAGAGACAUCAAGCCUUCAAACUUGCUUUUGAAUUCUGAAUGUCAUAUGAAAUUGGCUGACUUUGGUCUGGCGAGGAGUGUUACCCAAGUUGAUAAGGAUCACGGACCUGUUUUGACUGACUAUGUUGCAACUCGUUGGUAUCGUGCUCCUGAAAUUUUGUUGGGUUCAACAAAGUAUACCAAGGGUGUUGAUCUUUGGUCUGUUGGUUGUAUAUUAGGUGAAUUAAUCUGUGGUAAACCAAUGUUCCCUGGAACAUCAACAAUGAAUCAAUUGCAAAGAAUUAUUGCUGUGACAGGUCCACCAAGCGCAGAAGAUAUUGAUGCUAUUCAAUCUGCUUUUGCUUCAUCUAUGCUUGAUUCUAUUCCAGAAACUGAACAAAAGUCUUUACAAGAAAUGUUCCCAAAGGCAUCUCCAGAAGCUUUGGAUUUAUUAUCAAAAUUAUUACAAUUCAAUCCUGAAAAGAGAAUUGACGCUGAAACUGCUCUCAAACAUCCAUAUGUUGCUCUUUUCCACAAUCCUGCUGAAGAGCCAACUUGUGACAAGCCAAUUUCUCUCUUCUUCGAUGAUAACAAGAAGUACUCCAUAAAUGAAUAUCGUGAAAGACUCUAUGCUGAAAUUAGAAAGAGAAGAGAAAAGAGACGUGCUAGGACUAAGGAAGAUGAAAAGAAAUAACUCUUUUCUAAACAAAAUUGUAAAGAAAAAUAUAAGAAUAUAUAAACAAGUGUAAUUUAUUUGUUGU